GUAUACUUUCGGAAGACUUCAUUCAACGCCCACAAAUGAAUCAUGCGAGAGUACGCAGUACUCGAUCGAAUUCACUCAAAAAUGAACAGUUUUGCCUCUCCAUGAACUUAACAUUUUUACGACGCGUGAGGUUCAACCUUGAGUGCCAGUGGCCAUUGCUGGUAACCUGUUGUUUGCCCGACACCCCGCAUGAAAGUUCCGCAGGAGGACCUAUCAUCUCGGGUCUGGCUAGUUACUAUCAGCCUCCAGAGCCCUACCUGGAUCUUGAUGAACCUUCUUCAAUCUCACUGGUUCAAAUAUUCUACCAUUGCCUAUUCCCAAAUCCAACCAUGAUUGACGGCUAUCAUGGCCCGGUCACCAUCUUACAUUUCACACCUAGCCUUCACUGAUGUCUGCGUCCUACGUCUGUAUUCAUUGUGCUCUUACGAGUGAAAUGAGGUUAUGUGGUUAUGUGUUGUCGUAUACCUUGUGGUCGGCAAGAAGGCUCCCUUCGGACUUGAAGCUAGCUGCAGAAUCAGACUGUCAUUUUCCACCCCCUACAUCAAGAGCAUAUAUUUAUUCGGCUAUUGCGUAGAAGGCAAUCAUUUCAGUGGUGCAGUAUCCACGUGUUUGACUACAGGCAUUGGAUACAUUCUGAGUUCGACACCCUUUGGUAGCCUCGUUGGAGUGAAUAGAGGCAGUCAAGUUCUGCCUGCCGUAGGACCUGAACUAGACGCAUCUUUAUCCGCUGCCCUUGUCCUUAUUCCUAUCGCAGGCGGACUCUCCCGCCUUCUUCACCGUUUGGCUACAGGAAGCGUGGUAUUAUCACCUAUCUUUGCGACCGUAGCUCUCAUCGUCGUCAUGGUCCUUGUUGCCAAAGUCCAGAACAGUGUCGCUGUCAACUCUCCGUUCACCGUCUUUUGGGGCAAUGGAGAGCAACCAUUGCUGCGUAUGGUGCGCUGGUCAGCGCAUGGCCUUAUGGAUUCCGGAAACAGGUGCAAGCAAAGGAUAAUUCAGACGCGGCCAGUAGCAACAGCACGAUCGUAGCGUCUCCUCGCAUUAGCAUGGCAGAGAAACUGGAUGUCAAGGAGGCCGUUUAAAGAUGAACGCAGAAUUUAAUCUCGAGCAGGCCAUGUUAUAGUUUAGCCUUGUCACGACUGAUGUACGACUACUGUUUCAACGAUUCACCAAUUUUUACGGGAGUCAAUGAAGACACAUCGAGCUG